GUGGUUGUAAACCUUACACAACUAGUUAUUCUAUAAAAUAGACAGUCCCCUGUCCUCUGCACAGUUACUCUGGUCCCUCACACUACGAAAGCAGACCACGAUGGUAAAACAUAAUCCUGGACGUCUUGCUGCAAUAGUGGUGUCUGUUGUCGGCUUUGCAAUAAGUUUGGUGUUCAACGGGUUGUCUGUAGUUGGCCUUGGUCCCUAUGCUACCACCACAGCCAAUGUGUCUGCUGUGUUUGACACCCAGAUCACACCUUCAGGAUGGACGUUUAACAUCUGGAGUGUCAUCUACGUCUGGCUGACAGCAAUGAUUAUCUACAUCCUCACGGGACUUUGCAGAAAGAAUGGUUAUGGCUACGUUUACUGCAGCCCUGCAGUACUGCCUUAUGGAUUCUUCAUUAGCUGGUGCCUCAAUCUGUGUUUCAAUAUUGGCUGGCUGCUUGUUUGGGACAGAGGACAAAUGAUUGCUGCACUGGUGUUUCUUAUCCUGGUCAUCUGCACAAACUACUCCAUGAUAUGCUUCACCUGCCACGGACUUCAUAUUUAUGGAGCCUGGCUCAAGAAAUACCACAAAGCAGAUUUGUGGCUCCUCCGUGUGUUUGUUCAGAAUGGUGUGAUGAUAUACACCACAUGGACAACCAUUGCAACACUAAUCAACCUGACCAUUGUACUGAGUUAUGAUGCAAAGAUGUCCUCAACGGAUGCUGCCACCAUCUCAUACUCUAUUUUGGCUGUUGUGCUGCUUGUGUGGUUUGUUCUGGAGAACUUUGUACUUGACAAACAUGUGCGGUACAUCCUCAUCAUCUACCCUGUUGUGAUCUGGGCGUUGUCUGGAAACCUCGACAAAAACUACGAUGCUCAAUCACCCAGCAGAAAUGGCAUCUUCAUUGUUGUGCUGCUGGCAUUAGCCUCUGUGCUGUUUGCCAUUCGGAUUGUUUUGGUGGUUUGGAGACACAUCAAACAGCCAUUGUACGCAGACGUCAGUCCUGAAGCCAUGGAACCGGCGGAGAUUGCUGAGAAGCAGAAAAAGAUAUUUCGCUAAACAUUUUUAUAACAAAUAUGUCAUGUAUCAUAGAAAAUAGUAUUAUUAUACGUUUAUGGUAUUACUUUGUUGAUAAGCAAGAGGACAAAUGUUUUAUUUUGUAAAUUUUGAUAGAUUUAAUUUAAUUUGAUCACAUUCAGUAUGAUUUAAAAUUCCCUCAUAAUACGGCAUCAUUUGCAUAGUUAAAUUAUGUAAUAAGCAACAUUAUUUUCACCUCUGGCUAACUGAUCUCUGAACCUUUUAUGGCUCUUUUCUAAUAUACUGACUGCAAACACAACUCAUAGGGCUCUGAUAAGGAGACUAUUACAACACUACAGAGGGGCACAACACUGUAAUCAUCACACCACUUUAUAGCAUAGAUUGUAUGCUUUAAAGACUUUACAGUGUGUUUGUUCAUAUCGAAUGGCAAUUUAUAUUUCAAUGCUAAUUGUAGUUUUCUUGAAAUAUUUAUUUGGAAUAAAGUAUUCAUGCAAAGUGUGUUUUAACAGUU